UCUCGUCUAUCCCCGAAAACUCUACAUGUGGCCACCUACGACUCACUGGGCGGAUACUUAGGUGGCUGCGCCAUCUACAAUGGCUACACUCCGACAGCUGCGCGGCGUCAUGGAUGUAGGAUUUAUAGGAGGCUCGACCUACAGGAAGCUCUGCUGGCAAUUGGGUUCUCAAGUAUCAGAGGACUUUGACUACGUGUUCGCUGAAUGCGGCCUCAUUGCAUAUAAGAGAGGACUCAAACUGCCGCACGAACGCUUCGUCGAUCUGAUCGGCGAGGAUCGUUACAAGAAUUUAGUCAAUUUCAUUCUGCGGUACAUCGCCGAUAUCGAUAUACCGAUCAAGAGAGGUACCUUUGUGGAAUUUCGCGAUGGACUGAUCAAUGUCUGUCCGCAGGGACGCAACACGACAACACAGGAGCAGGACAUGUUCGACGAGUAUGACAAGGUCCAUCAAGUACGCACCAAGAUGAUACAAGCGCUCAAGGAUGCGCUUCCUGCUUACAACCUUGUGUGCGCGAUCGGAGGGCGCACAUCCUUUGACGUUUUCCCGCGUGGAUGGGACAAGACUUACGCACUCCGGCAUCUCGAGGGAGAAGGGUACAGCGAGAUUCACUACUUCGGUGACAAGACGCACGAGGGUGGGAAUGACUUUGAGAUAUUCCAUGACCCGCGGAUCAUAGGACACACUGUGGAUAGACCUGAAGAUACAGGUCGGCAAAUAGAAGACCUCUUUCUCAAAGAAAAACAGUUUGGCGGUGGCCCAACCUGACGUAUCAAUGCCCGUGUACAGUACCCAUCUGCUCUACGGAAAGAGGAAGAAAUAUGAGUUUGCCAUCAUCAUUCCGUCAAGCACUCAAGCACUCUCAAUUGACGUGGGUAUCGGGCCGCGCUUGCCAAUGCCCUCAGUGUUAUUCCUCGGUCUGUCUGGCGAAGAACUGCAACUCGUUGACCUUCCCAACCGAA